AUACACCGGCUGCUACUCCAGGCAUCGUUUUAAGGGUGUUUAUUGGUUCCCGAAAACGACAAAACUCGGACAUUAUCGUGAAUCAGUAAAAUCCUCCCAGAUCGAACUUGAAAAAUGGACGUUAUGCUGCUAACACUUAGCUUUCAUAAACAACUCAGGCGGAGGUGAGAGAGCUGCGCAACGCAAAUAAGAACCCGGUCGGAACACGGUCUAAACGGGCAGAUGAAUCUUCCUCUUGGAAUUUUAAGAAUCGGGUCACUUGAAUCAUUCGAAGAAUUGUUUCAGCCCUACAACACAGUCCACAAGGCGAUGCAAACCGGAGCUGCUGAGGAAGAAUCCAGACCCUGGAGAACAUCUGCAGAUUCUGGUGUCAGGAUCAGGAGUGCUGAUGGAUUCCUCCAGGGUUCCGCCAUCUUCUCUUCUUUUAAAUUUGCAGUUGAACUGUUCGGAACCAGUGACCCAUUAAAGGCGGUUCUUCUCAUGGUAUCAGGUCGGAGCAUCACAGCUGCGGUUCUGAGGAUCGGAGUCCAUCAGGAAGCUGAGCUCUCACUUCCUGUUUACAUUUGCUGACUUCAAUCUGAGCUGGACCCGCUUCAGAUUCUAACAUCUGUUACCAUGGAAAAAGAUCCGAACCUGGUCAUUCUUCAGGACCGAACCGGAUUUCUUUCUUCAGAGCCAAACUGGGUUAUUCUUCAGACCGGAGACCGUCUCAUCAUCAAAGGAGGAAAAGUUGUCAAUGAUGAUCAGUCAUUCUACGCUGAUGUCUACAUCGAAGACGGGACUAUCAGGCAGAUUGGCGAGAACCUGAUAAUCCCAUCUGGUGUGAAGACACUGGAUGCGUACGGUCAGCUGGUGAUCCCUGGAGGCGUUGAUGCCAACACAAACCUCCAGGCUCCGCAGAAAGGCCUGAUGCCAUGUGACGACUUCUACCAGGGAACCAAAGCCGCCCUGUCUGGAGGAACCACCACCAUCAUCGAUCAUGUGUUGGUGGAACCGGGGACUAGCUUGCUGUCAGCGUUUGAUUUGUGGAAGGAGACGGCAGAGCAGAAGGCGUGCUGUGACUUUUCCUUCCAUCUGGAUGUCACCAGGUGGCAUGAAGGCCUCUACGAGGAGCUGGAGACGCUCGUCAAAGAUAAAGGGGUGAAUUCCUUCCUCUUCUUUAUGGCUUACAAAGACCGGUACCAGAGCUCCGACUCUCAGCUUUAUGAGGCGUUUGGGAUCCUCCGGGAUCUUGGAGCAAUUGCUCAGGUUCAUGCUGAGAAUGGUGACAUCAUUGAUGAGGAGCAGAAAAAACUUCUCAGUGUUGGUAUUACUGGACCUGAAGGCCAUGUUUUAUGUCACCCUGAAGAGGUGGAGACUGAGGCAAUCUAUCGGGCCAUCACUAUCGCCAAGCAGGCCAACUGCCCGCUCUACGUUACCAAGGUGAUGAGCAAGUCUGCUGCUGAUGUUAUUGCCAAAGCCAGGAAAAAAGGUGUGGUUGUGUAUGGGGAGCCAAUCACAGCUGGGCUGGCCACUGAUGGCUCUCACUACUGGGCCAAAGAUUGGACCACAGCAGCUGCCUUUGUGAUGAGCCCUCCCCUGAACCCGGAUCCGUCCACGCCACAGUAUCUGAUCUCUCUGCUAGCAUGCGGCGAUCUCCAAGUGACCUCCAGCGCUCAGGCCAGCUUCUCUACAGCUCAGAAGGCUGUUGGUAAAGACGACUUCACGCUGAUCCCAGAGGGAACUAGCGGCAUUGAAGAGAGGCUGUCGGUGAUCUGGGACAGAGCUGUGUCCACAGGAAAGAUGGAUGAGAAUGAGUUUGUUGCAGUGACGAGCACCAACGCUGCCAAGGUCUUCAACAUGUACCCACGCAAAGGACGGAUUGCUGUUGGAUCUGAUGCUGAUGUUGUAAUUUGGAACCCAAAAGAGACUCUAACUGUUUCUGCCACAACUCACAACCUGACCUUGGAGGUAAACAUCUUGGAGGGUUUGGAGUUUCGAGGCGUUCCCACAGUAGUGAUCAGUGGCGGUCGGGUUGUUCUGGAGGACGGACAGCUCAACGUGACCGAAGGUUCUGGACGCUUUAUAGCAAGAAAGGCUUUUCCUGACAUCGUCUACAAGCGGAUCAGAGCACGCAGCAAGAUGGCUGAGGCCCGCGGCGUUCCUCGUGGUAACUAUGAUGGUCCAGUUCAUGAUGUCAUCAGUGUGACCAAGUCAGUCCCACCAACUCCAACCACCAGGGGUCCUACGGGGAACAAAACCCCAACUGGCCCCCGAAACCUUCAUCAAUCAGGAUUCACCCUGGCAGGGGCUCAGAUUGACGAUCACAUACCCCGUCGCUCUGCUCAAAGGAUUGUGGCGCCACCUGGAGGACGUUCCAACAUUACAUCUCUAUCUUAAUCUGCUCAUUUUCCAGCCAAGUGUUGAAGAACGACUGUUACUCUAUGAUCCACCUGAGUUCACUGAACUCUACAGGUAGAGAGUUCAUUGAACACCUGUAGGGUUCAGUGAACUCUACAGGUGAAACCGUCUGACCCUCUUAGCCCACAUAUGUAGUUUAACUCCAGAACUCCCCAGAACCUUCUGGGUCUCGUGAGCUCAAACUGACAACUUUAGUCCUGAAUGUAGCUGUCCCUCCCUAAACCUCACCAUAGUGCUUAGUCAACCCCAUGUAACCUGGUACUAGACAGAACCGGUUCUGACCCGGCAGCUCUGAAGCCCUCCACAUCAGCAGCAACAGAACCGGACCGACAAGAAAGAUAUCGUCUUUGUAUUACUUACUGAUCUCACAGUGAUGCGAGUAAUGUUGGCAUAAAACACCAAUCCAGCAGAACAUUACGACCACAUUGGCCUCUCAAAAUACUUCCAGCCAUCUGUGAGAUGAAUGCCAGCCAACCUGCCUGUGGUUGACCCCCGACCCCACGGUGAGGUAGUCUCAGACCAAAGCUAGCCUCGUGGUCAGAAUCAGGCUCGGUUCUGCUGCUGUUCUAAACAGUCUGGACCUCAGUUCUACUCCACUGUCCAAACACAAGCCUCCUUAACCCCAAGUCAGAGUUCUAGAUGGAGGGUAUUUUGGGUCCUGUGGCAGUACCACCCCACAGGUAGGACCCUAAGACCCUCUUCCUGGUCAUGUGACCAACAGCUCAUGGUUUCAGUCUAACCAGAUGCAGCCUUUGUAGCAGUAGUUGGAUAACUUUAGAUGAUCCCAGAACCACAGUCCAUCUUCAGAUGGUUUUGGCUGUUUGGGUCAUGUAGCAACUUUAGGAACUGGUUCUGUAAACCUGAGAUUUUUUCUCUGACUGUUGAUACUGCUAGCACAACUAUAGCUGAUCAUUAGCAUCCACACUGAAGGCCUGGUAUCAAAUACUGAGGGCUUUUAAUUUGAAAGGGCUUGUCCCUAAGGAAAAGGUGUCAGACAGAGUUGUUGACAUCAUGUGACACUGCAGCCUGUGAUGUCACAUUCACAUUUUUAGUGUAGGGUUUUUCUAAGACUUUGUCUUAAUUUUGUAUUUUUACUGUUUUUUGUACCUUGGCUGUGACUGGUUCAAUGUUUGGGUCAAGGGUUACAUUUGUGUUUUCAAUAUGAUCCGUUUCUGAUAUAAACAACGGGAUUCAAUUUUACAAGACCCACCAACCUGGACCGACCCGGGCCAGUCCAGGUUACACCGAGUACAUCCAGCAUCGUCAGAACAGUUUUAUGCUGAGAUCAGUCUGUCAAACAGGGCAACCAUUGGUUGGACAUUAAGGUGGGCGGAGCCACCAGCUUCACCUUGCUGUUCAAAUACCCAAUGGCACCUUAGUGACCACACCCUCCUUAUACUUUCACUCUAUAGGUCGCAUUAAUGUUAGCAUCACUGCUCCCAUGUUGGAGUCCAGCUGUCCAACAUUAAUGUUGGACAGCUGUGGUUAAUGUUGGAGUCCAGCUGUUGCUAUGGAAACAUUAACCACAUGAUUUCCAAAGGAUCCAACCUUUAAUAAACUGGUUUUUCAUAGGAUACCGUGUCUAUGGGUCACCUGACCAGCAGGGGCUGAGUUUAAGGGUUUGUUUAAUCUAAACUCAGAUUAGUUUGGAUUAAAUCAGCAGAGUGCUAGGUGUCCAAGAUGGCAGCCAGGUGGUUUCUAGUCAUCUUUCUGUUCUCUCGCAGUGAUCAGAAACACAGAGUUGUCUAUGAGGAGCGUUACUAUGGCAACCACACCUGUGAUGUAGUAGGUAUUGUGAUGGAUGUAAUUUGUUGUGAUAACAGUUGCAUGAUUAAAGUGUGAAGAGAAAAA